AUUAUAUUUCGAGCUCCAUUCCUGACAAUCUGGGAAAUCUUAGAAAUUUAAAGCUUCUCAAUCUGGCCGUUAAAUAAUUUAACUUCCUCAAGAAUGAGUUUUCUCUCUUCUUUGACAAACUGUAGAGGCUUGGAAGCGUUGGAUAUUGGUGGCAACACGGUGAUCGGCAGUAAACUUCCAGGCUUGGUUGGGAAUCUCUCAGGUUCUCUUUGGGAGUUCUCUGCAUAUGGCUGCAACAUCAGAGGUGGCAUCCCGAGUGAAAUCGGCAACUUAAGUAACUUGAUAAACAUCGAGCUAGCCGGAAAUGAAUUGACGGGAAUGAUUCCUGCUACAUUUGGAGCAUUAAAAGAGCUGCAAAGUGAUUAUCUUAUGGAAAAUAUGUUUGUAGGAUCAAUCCCAUCUGAGUUAAGCAAUUUGGCUUACUUAAACUUGACGAGUAACAAAUUGUCUGGACCGAUACCUUCUUGCUUAGGUAACCUUAGUUCUCUAAGAAACCUAUUGGUAGGCUCCAAUAUGUUUUCUUCCUCAAUAUCUUCAACCUUGACAAGGCUUACCGAUCUCCUCAUCUUGAACUUGUCUUCAAAUUCUCUAAGUGGUCCUCUUCCUAUUGACAUUGGAAAGUGGAAGGUUUUGACAAGUAUGGACUUGUCGAACAAUCGUUUCUCGGGUGAUAUCCCGAUCGGAGUUGCAGAUCUCAAAGACCUCACUCAGUUUUCCUUGUCCAAUAAUAGACUCGCUGGUUCUAUUCCUACGUCAUUUGGUGACAUGUUGAGUUUGAAGUUCUUGGACUUGUCAAGAAAUAAUCUAUCCGGAGAGAUUCCGAAAUCCUUCGAUGUCUCUUUCAAUAGGCUUGAAGGAGAAGUUCCUGAAGGAGAAUCAUUUGGCCGCUACUCAAUUGAAUCAUUUAAGGGAAAUAAAGCACUGUGUGGUGCACCUCAACUUCAUCUUCCAAGCUGCAAAACUAAACCUCUCAAGAGUUCCAAGGCAAAGGCUAAGCUCAUAAUAUAUGUAGCAAUGUCUAUUGCCUCAACAAUUUUGGUGAUGGCUCUCAUUAUCAUUAUCUUGCGAAGUAGGCAAAGGAGGUACAAAUUAACAACUCGGGAAGACUUGUUACCUUUAGGAACAUGGAGACGGAUCUCAUACCAUGAACUUCAUCGAGCUACUGAUGGAUUCAGUGAGAACAAUUUGCUCGGUAAUGGGAGUUAUGGUUCUGUGUACAAAGGGAGUCUUGAAAGAUUGAACAUACUGAUAGAUGUAGUAUCCGCACUAGAAUAUCUCCAUCACGAAUACGGAACAGAAGGAAUAGUUUCGACGAAAGGAGACGUGUAUAGUUUCGGAAUUCUUGUAAUGGAAACUGUCACAAGAAAAAAACCGACAGCUGAAAUGUUUGCCGGAGAAAGAAGCCUGAAGAACUGGGUGAAAGAGUCAAUAUCAACGCUAUAUCAAGUUGUAGACAAUAAUUUGCUUAGCACAAUUGGGAGAGAGCAUGCAGCAGCCAACAAUUGUGCCUUGUCCGUUCUGCAAAUUGGCUUAGAAUGUUCAGCAGAGUUACCGGAUGAGAGGCUUGAUAUGAAAGAGAGUGUUCCGAAACUAAACAAGAUCAGAGCCAAGUAUUUAAAUGAUACUGAACUGCUUCGACUAAGGCACCACCGUUAA